AAACGGGCGUAGUAAGCAAGGUAGUUCAGUGAGUCUUGAACCGGCGUUCAUCGUCUACCACCGCCGGAAACGUUCUGGUGACCCGGAAUCGAGCGGAUGCGUCGCUGUUCCUCGUAAACGCUUCGUGGGUGUCCGCAAAAUACCUCGUAAAGGAUUAGUCGGGAUUGAAUAAAAGAGAAAAAUUAUAAUAGUAAAAGUUGCGCGUUGGAACUUGUGAGUUCAAAGGUCGGAAUUGAACGUAUCGUCUGUGAGCGAGUAUUGGCAGUGUAACAGUUUGUGACAGCAGCGGUUUGGCGCGUGUCGAGACCGGGCGGCGCAUGUUACCCUUCUGGAGGUUCGAUCAAAAGGAGGACAGCUGGGCGAGACUCGUAGCAAAGGGAUGCUCUGAAAAGCCGGCUGAGCAUUCAAGGGUGAAAGGUCAUCUGAGCAGAUGAAGGGAUGCCGAAGUACUGGCUAAACGUCGCCCUCAUCAGGGUUGUUCUACCGGUUGUCUUAACAGUCAGUACAGUAUGGAGACCUGUAGGAUUAUCUCUAGUUUACCUGGUACUGAUGCUGUACUCACCCCAUGUACCUAUACCAGACGCACGAACAAUGGCAGGUCACACGGGUCACUUUUUGAAGACCUGCAUCGGCCUGUCUUUUCUCACGGCUACCAGUCAAUUGACCUUUCACAUAGUUCUAUUGGCUCUACCCACUUAUGGGCACUUCCUUCACAACUGCGAGACACUGGAAGUAAUCUUCAGGCACAUAGGAUUCAUAAGGCUAGAUAGCGCUUCCGCUUGGGAGAUUUUCUUCUGGUUAACACCAGAAUUAAUCGUCCUGCCCACUAGCUUAAUAGUGUACUUUAUCUGCCGUUUUAUAUCGCAAAGCAUUCCUGACGAGGAGGAGAGUUCGUUGCAGCGCAACAACGAAGCAAAAGGAAUCUUAGAUAGGCAUGUUAAGGUAAUCAACUUCUUAGGGCAUAUCGGAACCUACGUGAUUCUGGCGUCAUUAUGCAUUACUGCAGCCUUAAAUCCGUCGAUAGAGGGUGGCCUUUAUUUUCUCGUGUUCUUGAGUGCCGCGACUUGGUGGGCGUGCAACAAGGAACUCCGCAAGGGCUUCGCUGUUCUGUGCAGAAUCGUCAUGAUCAUUGUGGUCCUUCACAUAUUAGUUCUGCUUAGUUAUCAAAAUCAACUGCCUCAAGAAUUGAUACCAGUGAAUAGCACUUGGCAGCGGUACUUCGCGCUAAAACCUGUCUAUGAGACGAACUGCACGGACCCGAGAGAUGUCAAAUAUACAGAGAAUGCAGACUGGUUGAUCUAUGGAUAUCCCCUGAGAUUAUUUUGGCUCUACUUCGUUUUGGCAUUGCAAUCUCAGUUCCUGAGUACAAAGCCGGCGUUCCAGGCAAAGAAAGUGAAACGUUUGAGCGGCAAAUUGGAGAACCUGGACACUCCGUUGUCCAGGCACGUUUCCAUCCGGCGGAGAACACCAUCUCAGAGAUGGCAAUCGGCACGACGAAAGGCUCGCAAGCCGAUCGAUUCGAAUAAUUCGUCGUUACCACCUGCCGACGAGCGCACGCCCCUGAUGCGAUUUGGAUCGGCGAGAGCGGGGCUGCUUCAAGAUUCAACCGGGAGCGUCAUCGUCCAAGAUGGUCAUCAGGAUGACAGUAUUCAAAUGCAGAGUCUUAGCGAAGCUGCCCCGGAUGAGCAGACUGGAAUUAUUGAGCAAAUCCUUAUGGCCGUGUACUCGAUCUUCCAGUUAAUACUUAAUUCAUCCUAUCUCGCUACGAACAUUAUAAUGAUGACCUGGAGUAUAAUGUAUCACAGUUGGACGACUUUUGCAUUAUUGUUAUGGGCUUUGGUACUCUGGAUGGUACCUGACAAACGCGCUUCCAUGAUGAAAUGGUCUCCCUUUAUCGUCGUUUACGCGAUGCUUCUGCUGGUUGUGCAAUAUAUUUACAGCAUGGAUUUGACGGAGGAAGAACUGCCGACAAUGGUGAACGGAGUCAGCGUUUCUGAGAUCGGCUUCACCAAAGCGGAACAACAUAGUCGUUGGCAUUUGGUGGUGAAAUGUCUAUUCAUAUCAAUGUUUUGGAUAACAAUGAGACAAUAUACAGCUGAGCGAACUAGACAGAGACGUUCCUCAGCGAUGCGAGACAUGAUCGCGCCGUUACACGUGUCCGUUUCAACGGCUACCACAGCAAUGCAUCAGGAAACGCCGGAGAUCAAAAGUAAAUUCAUGAAGGAAGUUGGUAUAUUGUUGAAAAAACUGUUGACCAAGUACUGGAUCGCUGUGGUGGCUAUCAUGCUGUUUAUUUGUGGAAUCACCGGUGAACGAAUGACCGUCUUCAGGAUCAUUUACAUGUCUCUCUUCCUUGUUCUGGUCAUUACUUUCCAGAUAUCUUGGACAGUAUGGAGGAAGAUGAUGUAUCCGUUCUGGCUAACGGUUAUCGGUUACUCUGUAGUUAUGCUAAUACUUGUGUACACUUAUCAAUUUCACAAUUUUCCGAGGUACUGGCAUUAUUUGCAUAUCGAUGAAAAUUUGCAAAUGGAUAUUGGUUUAGAAAAGUACGAAACCAAGGAUCUUUUCGUUAGACUGUUGACGCCUACGUUCUUCGUUAUUAUCACUGUUCUACAGAUUCAUUAUUUCCAUGCUGAUUUCUUGAAAGUAACUGAUCUUGAGAGAUCCGGAAUCGACGAAAGUCUACGAGAUAAACGCUCGAGUCUCGGUCAUUCACCUACAAUAAUUAUCCCGCCAGCAUCACCGGGUGAAGUUUUUAUAAUCGAAGACGACCAGCGACCGGCUUACACUUUAAGACAACUAAAACAAAUGUCUAAAUUGGAGCGAAUUGCGUUAUUCCGAGAAAUAAUAGAAUGCUUAGGAAAUAUCUACAAUUACACUUGGCUCUUUUUGGAAAUACACAUGCAAAAAAUUAUUUUCCUAUCGGUGAUGCUUUACUGUGUCAACGACGUCUGUGCUAUUAAUUUCGUGUUUGUCGUAAUAACGGUCGUCAUGAUUAAUUUUCGAAGAUAUCUCCAAAUAUGCACUGUUAAUGUCAUUGCUGCUAUAAUUGCUAUUUUAAUGGUCGGAAAAAUGCUGUAUCAAAUUCAAUAUAUUGAUCACAGCAAUUGGAAUAUCAAUUGCACGCAUCCAGAUGAUGCGCAGUUUGGUAGCAACAACACGGUAUACAAUAUCGCAGAAUGGUUUGGGAUAAAAAAAGCGGAACAAGGACAUUUGGCAGAAUUAUUGAAGGGUUACAUAGGGAUUCUAGUGGUGACCACCCUAAGAAAGAUCAUUAAAAUUCGUCAGUGUUUUCAUAGAAAAGCGCAAGGCGAACCACUCGAGACACCUCAAGUCAUGUUCCCUUCGGUUACUCGAGAAACCGCUGAUAAAGGCGUGCCGGAGUGUUUGAAAUUUCUCUUCAAUUACGGCUUCUACAAAUUUGGAGUUGAAUUCUGCUUAAUUGCAGUAGUGGCACUGGUCGGAACGAGACUCGAUUUAUAUUCGGUUCUCUACAGCUUCUGGCUGUUACUCUUAUUUUCCCUAAGAAGGAAAACCAUCGCCAGGAUUUGGCCGAUCUUCAAAAUUUUUGUCAUAGUCCUGUUGCCACUUCAAUAUUCUUUCGUCGUAGCUCCUCCUUCCUGGUUCUGUAUAGACUAUCCAUGGGGUCAGUCUGAGACACUAAGGAGAUUGCAAGAGUGGAUGUACCUCCCGGAUCCUGAUUUCCCACCCAAUGCCAGGAAACUAAUGUGUGAUUUUAUUGUGCUAAUGAUGAUCGUCAGGCAAAGUCUCGUUUUCCAAAUCGAAAGUCGAAGUGCGGCUUCCGAUAUUGAAUUUCCGGCCGGUCAUAAUUAUUCCGUAUAUCAGAAUAUGGAAAAACCGAAUUUCGUGAAUCCCGUGAAGGAUUAUGUAUCGCACAUUCAUUGCUGGUUGGACGUAAUAAAACGAGCCGUGUUAAUGAGUCUCAUGUGGAUCACUUUAUCGAUCAUGUUCCUGGCCGGAACAGAAAAGACUAAUCUGUUCUCAUUGGGUUACCUAAUCGGUGCGUUCAUGUUCCUUUGGCAAGGGAGUGAUUUCUAUUUGAGACCAGUGAGGACGAUCCUAAAAUGGUGGAACAUCCUACUCGGUUACAACGUAACUGUGAUAUUUUUGAAGUCUCUGCUUCAAGGUGCAGGUUGUGUCUUAAUAAGCCAGCUGCAUUUGUUGGUUUGCCCAUUAAUUCAGUUAUUCGGUAUAAGUUGUCUAAGAAAAUUCGAAAGUGCGAUCAACGAUGUAGUUCUGGACAAGUUCGAUUGCGAAGUACCGCGAGAAAACAUAGGCAUGGUUUGGGAUGGCCUUUGCUUCGGUUUCCUGUUGUUUCAGAAACGACUCUUUAAGAGCUAUUAUUUCUUCCACAUAGUGGAUGAAACAAAAGCCAUGAGUGUCUUGGCCUCCAGGGGUGCGGAGUUACUAGAGGAGUUGCAUCAAAAGCGUAUUGAUGCUCAAGACAACGUCGAAAAGAACGUAUUGGAGAAAUUGAAAUAUAAGAUGGACAAGAUUAAAGCCAGUCAACGUAAGAUACAAGGACCGAGUUACAGAGAACCUCAGACGCACAAAGUUGAUUUUCUCUAUCCAGGGACACGGCCAUUGUACAGAGCUCAUGCGCCAAAGACCAACAGAGAGGCUAUCAGAUCGGGUGAUUACUACAUGUUCGAUGAUUUGGACGAUGACGAUGUGACCGAUUUGAUCCCGGAUACCCAAUCUGAGAAGAGGGAAGAAGAGAAGAUCGACGAAGCCACAGCUCGCGGCAGAAGAAUGACCAUUUCUGAGUUGAUGAACGCCGUGAUUAAAACUGACAUUACAACCGCGACGCACGUCGCCAUGUACGGAGGGACUGAACAGGACGCGCUGAGACUACGUCGUCGGAGUGUGCCUUUAACAAGGAAGAAAUCGUCUAUGUCGUAUCUCAGUGCACGUUCCGAGACCGAUACUGCAGUGGCCACUGAUGGUGACAAAACGAGUCUCACGUCGGCUGAAGCCGAAACCGAGGAGAAGGACACUUCGGAACGUAAAACACCGGGAGCGUCGGAUUAUGGGGUGGAUGAAGUGGAUGAAGGGGACAAAGAGGAGGAGAAGAAAGUAUCCAUUGGCACAUAUCUGAAAUUCCUCAUGGUGAUGAUCAACAGUACCCUGACGUCGAUGACGAGAUACUUGAACAAGUUUUCCCGCGAUUACAGAUACAUUCGCAAAGUUCUAACAAAAGAGAAGAAAGCGUUGAAGGCGAAACCAGAUUUUCGUAUGGGUACGAGACUGGGCAUUAGUCAAAUGUGGCAACCGAUUCCUUUAUUGAAAAGAAGAUCAACUAACGGAAAUACCGAGGAGCCUUCUGAUGGUGGUGAAGGUCAGAGUCAAUCGACGUCACCGCAGCAACAGAGGAAAAGCAGCUCCCUGACGAUCCCUCAAAUCCGAAUUCUGGCACCGAGUUUGGAGCGAGGAUUGGACGUGUCCUCCUCCAGCGCACUUUACUCAGAAAUCUCUCCUGUUCAACACGACGACGAAGGUGGUCAGUUGUCCGAAGUCGAUCAGCCGCCAAUAAUCCAAUUAUUGGCGUCCAUUUGGUUUGGAAUUUUGGCUCAUUCGUGUUUAUUGUGCUACUUUAUGGUGUUCCUUCAUCAAAUUAAGAACGCGUCCGUUCUAUCUACCCCCCUGCCGCUCAUGGUCUUUUGUUGGGGGUCGUUGACCAUCCCACGGCCCUCGAGAACGUUCUGGAUAACGUUGAUCGCAUAUACAGAGGCAAUUGUCAUAGUCAAAUGUAUUUUCCAACUGGAAGUAUUGCCCUGGAAUCGAGACGCCGCGCCAAAUAAUCCCUUGUUCACUCCUAGGAUUAUGGGUGUUGAACGUAAACAUAAUUAUGCUUUGUGGGAUUUGUUACUACUUCUAGUAGUAUUUUUCCAUAGAUUUAUGCUCAAAUCGUUAGGCCAAUGGACUUCUCCCUAUGUACCGAGGAAAAUAAUCCCAACCACUUUGACUGUAGUUUCAUCAAGACCGCCACCUGAAGACAGGGGUCAAGGAGAACCCACAGCGCGGCUGACCGAUCAAGAACGCAAUUCCCGUGUGGUAACACCGCAAGGUAGGAUUUUAAACCUGCCAACAGGCGAGGGUGAAACUGUGCAGACUAGCGACGAACAGCAAAGAUUAGUCGGGGUUCAGGGCACUGAAAUUAAUCCAGUGAAUGAGGAUUUUGACAAAGCAAUGGAUAUGACCAUAGACAAGUACGUGGAGCCUACGAAGCAAUUCUUCGAUAAAAUUCUCAGUCAAGUUGGAAAGGAAAGAACGAACGUGUACGCAUACAUGUUCCUGUGCGAUUUCUUUAACUUCAUGUUGCUCAUUUUUGGAUUCUCCGCAUUUGGUACGCAACAAGGCGAUGGCGGUGUCGCGGCUUAUCUGCAAGAGAAUCGAGUCCCAAUGCCAUUCUUAUUGAUGCUAUUAUUGCAAUUCGCAUUAAUAGUCAUCGAUAGAGCUUUGUUCCUAAAGAAAUCAAUUGUUGGCAAAUUAAUUUUCCAGUAUUGUCUAAUCUUUGGUGUACACAUUUGGAUGUUCUUUAUUUUGCCAAGUGUUACUGAAAGACAAUUCAAUGAGAGGCUUCCUCCACAAAUUUGGUAUAUGGUCAAAUGUUUCUACCUUCUGUUAGCGGCCUAUCAGUUGCGACAAGGAUAUCCGACUCGGAUACUUGGCAAUUUCCUUUGCAAGGAAUACACUAUCGUCAAUUACGUUCUAUUCAAAGGAUUUAUGUUAAUUCCUUUCUUAUUCGAAUUAAGAGCAGUGAUGGAUUGGAUAUGGACAGAUACUUCUAUGACAAUAAUGGAUUGGUUCAAGAUGGAAGAUAUUUUUGCAAACAUUUAUCAAAUUAAGUGUAUGCGAGGCGUAGAAGCAGAUUUCCCUCAACCGCGAGGCAUGAAGAAACAGCAAAUGAGCAAAUAUUUAGUCGGUGGUGCUGCUCUUUUCCUUAUGAUCGGACUGAUAUGGUUCCCGUUGCUUCUAUUCGCACUCGGUGGCACAGUUGGUGUUUCUAAUUUGCCAUACGACGUUUCGAUGAAGAUCAGGAUCGGCCCGUACGAGCCGAUUUAUUCUAUGUCGGCCCAAAGUAGCUCGAUCAUAGAAUACAGUGAGGCUGAUUACAUGAGGUUCACGAAUCUGUAUACGAAAGACAGGCCCGCGGUUACUUUUCUCGAGAACUAUAUACAUUCUGACGUUGCGGCCGUUAGACUAAGUGGAUUCUCGAGAAAAUUAUGGGCUAUAUCUCCACCAGACUUAGAAAGACUAAUAUCGGAAUUGGAAGAUAAUAGCACAACCGUGAUUGUUCACGUUGAGUGGACCGUGUCUCGAAAGACGGACGCGAAAGACGUUAGUGGGAUAACGACGAGAGUUCGAGAUGUGAAACUACCACCGUAUGUGGACAAUGAAUUCAAUCCUGUAAGGAAAAUAUUAGCUGACACGUUGUCCAGCAAUGCGUCGACUACACACAAUGGUACUAUUUUGCUGGAAAAUGCUUUCCCCAAAUUUUUGAAAGUUACUGGUCGGACGAUCGAUGUCGUUCCACAAUUGAUGCGACUGCCGAAAUGGAUGGGUGACGAAGUAGAAGAAGAGGAUGUGAGCCAGAUACAUAGAAAUAUCAGUCUUCACUUAUCCACAGACGCAGAAUGUUGCGCUCGCUCGAAAUGGUGGGUCGUUAACGAAGUCUGUAAUGAUACUUUGUACGACAAUUUAUUGAGGAGAGUGCCCUUAAAUGAUUGCAAAUACAUCAUGAUGUUCUUGUUCAACGAUAAAACGUUCCCUGAAGGUUUAAGUUUCAUUAGUGGAUUUGGAAUCCUAGGUUUAUACACGACCGCAGUGAUAGUCAUUAGCCAAAUGAUCAGGAAGGGAGUGAGUGAAAUGGCACCGAAAAUUAUGUUCGAUGACCUGCCCUAUGUGGACAGGAUUUUGCGAUUAUGUUUAGAUAUUUAUUUGGUCCGCGAAAGCGGAGAAUUGUGUCUCGAAGAGGACUUGUUCGCUAAAUUAAUAUUCCUCUAUAGAUCGCCGGAGACAUUGAUCAGAUGGACAAGGCCUCCUGAAGAAGGAGAGAGGACUGAUAAUGAGGAUCAAGACGAUGGGGAGGAGGACAUUCAUCCAGGACAGUCUCGAGAUAUUUCUCGCCGGGACUAAAUACAUACAACAUUUAUCAAGUAAAUGUUGAACGCUAAAAAGCAACAGGGGUCUGUUACUUAAAGAGAGAAAUAAUUAGGAAGUUUUUAUCAGGAAUCUUGGAGACAAUAGUUCGCACGCUUAUCGGAGAUCUACGUGCGGAGAAUGUUUCGAAAACUUUGAAAACUCAGGAAUUUAUUAUGCCAUCGUGUUUAUUGUUAAGGAAUUGUUCCUAUCUUCAAACGUGUACAUUAUGAAAUGUACAUACGCGGUUAACAUGGAGAAAGAGGAAAUUUAGAGAUACGAAAUUUCCUUAAAUUCAAGGAUCCAUUAUCUGGUAAUUUAUUUCUCAAUCGCAUAUUUAAGCAAUGUUUUAGUAAUUUUUAUUUUCAUAUUUAUUACUAAGGUAUCUAUUUGUAUAAUUGUUCGUACAUUAAGAUGUUAAGAAUAUCGUGAUCGUAAGACGCAUAGGAACACAGUCUUCAAACACAAGUGCUUUAUACAUACAUAUAGUCGAACGUUUAUACGAACGAGCAUGUCGUCGAACAUGCGAGAGAGUGCUUUCGUUCGACUCUUUAAAUCACGCCUAAGCCAAAAUACAUUUUUGACAUGACAUAUUUUAAAUAACGCAUCCCCAUAAAAUAAGAACGCGAACACUUUGCUCUUAAACAAUUCAAAUUUUCAAAACUGCCGAUAGCAAAUGUCUUUUGUUCCCUUUUAUACGUUUUUCUAAUCAUUGAUUCAUUCACCUAUCAUUGAUGAAUCUUGACCGCGUUUUAUACAUCAGUUAUAUUUAACGAAGAUCAUGGAAAUUAUUAUCAUUGUUUGUAAAUAUAUAUUAUAUAAUGUGCGUUUUCGUCGAAAAGUUGUAUGAUGUCGUCUUGAUAUGCCUUUUAAGAAUAUCUUCGAAUAUAUAAAUUGUUUCAAAUAAA